CAAAUUGCUCUAAAAACAUAGACAAACUCCACAGCAAAGAAAGAAAGAAAGAGAGAGAUCCAUUAAUUAAUCCCAAAAAAUAUGAAGAUAUGGGUGUUGGUUUUCUUGGCCAUGGCUACAAUGUUAGCUAUAAUAUCAGCAAAAGAUACGUGUGCUCCUACACCCUCUCCUAGUGACAACACCGGAGAUGUUGCCUCCAUUAUCACCUCAGAUCUUUUUGAAGAAAUGCUCAAGCACCGAAACGAGGAGAGAUGUGAUAAGAAGGGCUUCUACACUUACGAUGGCUUCAUUGCCGCUGCAAGGGCAUUCAACGGGUUUGGCACCACUGGGGACUAUGAUACACGUAAGAGGGAGCUGGCGGCAUUUUUUGCCCAGACCUCUCAUAUAACAACUGGUGCCUAUUGGAGGGAAGACCAUGCAGAUGGUCCGUACGCUUGGGGAUAUUGCAAGUUGUUAGAAUCAGGUCAUCAUCCGCCUCCCUACUGUGUAUCCCCAGACUGGCCAUGUGCCCCUGGUAAAUCUUAUUCUGGCCGAGGACCCAUCCAAAUCACUGGCAACUCCGACUACGGCAGGGUGGGGAAAGCAAUUGGAGUAGAUCUAAUAAAUAAUCCAGAAUUGGUAGAAACUGACCCGAUCACAUCAUUCAAAACAGCCAUAUGGUUCUGGAUGACCCCACAAGAGAACAAGCCAUCGUCCCACGAUGUCAUGACCGGAAAAUGGGCACCAUCCGCCGAUGACAUUUCCGCCGGUCGACUUCCUGGUUUCGGCCUUGUCACCAACAUCUUCAGCGGUCAUCAGGUUUGUGGUCUGGGUCAGGGCCUGAAUUACCCUAUGGAGGAUGGAAUCGGGUUUUACAAGAGAUAUUGCGACAUGCUAGGCGCUAGCUAUGGCGACAACUUGGACUGCUACUGUCAAAAGCCUUUUGCCUAAGCAUGUCUAUCUCAAGACAACACAAGGCCCACAUCUUUGUACGCAUGUAUUGCUAUGAAAAGCAAAUAAAUAAAAGGAAAGCCCUUGUGAGUCAGUAUCAAUUAUUAAAUAAAAGAAACGUAAAUAAUUAGUAA